AUGGAAGUAGAAUCAAGAACUUCAUACGAACUGAUCAAGUAUGGCCUCGACAGGACGUUUGUCUUCACCCUUCAUUCUGAGACUUCUUUGCCUCUUGGCAACCUCUUAAGCUGUGACUGCUCAAAUGCAGCCUUUAUCCAGUGGAUAAAGAACAACAAUCAAACCCAGGUGGUAGACGCUCAUCAGUAUACAUGUGCCUUUCCCAAGGAGCAACGAGGAAGCUUGUUCCUAGACUUUGAUGACCAGUCCUGUUGGGAUGAAGGCAACUUUCUCUACUUCAUUUUCAACACUUGUCUGGUUGUCCUAACUCUCUUUAUAUCCUUUAUCCAUCACUUCCUGAAGUGGCAUCUAACCUACACACUCCAACUCUUCCUGGCCUUUCUCUACGACACAAGGAAGAGGAAAAACAUUGACCCCCAUCAGUUUGAUGCCUUUGUAUCUUACAACGUCCACGAUGAAGACUGGGUUCACCGAGAGAUGCUCCCAGUGUUGGAGGGAGAGCAGGGCUGGAGACUCUGUUUGCACCACAGAGACUUCCAACCAGGAAAACCCAUCAUAGAGAACAUCACUGAUGCCAUCUAUAGCAGCAGGAAAACCAUCUGUGUGAUCAGCCGCAACUACCUGCAGAGUGAAUGGUGCUCAAGGGAGAUGCAGAUGGCUAGCUUUCGACUGUUUGACGAGCAGAAGGAUGUGUUGAUCCUACUAUUUUUGGAGGAGAUCCCUGCCCGUCAUCUGUCUCCAUAUUACCGCAUGAGGAAGCUGGUGAAGAAACGCACCUACCUGAGCUGGCCUCAGGCUGUACAACACCCAGGAGUCUUCUGGCAGAACGUCCAGAGAGCUCUGCAGACAGGGGACGUUCUCACUGAGAAUACAGACCUCCUGACUGGACCGGGAGGAUGCUGAGAAAAUGUAAAGAACUGUAAGAUCACAGUGCAACCUAACCUGAGCUCAAUUCUGCUUAAGCUUCUCAGCAUUAGUUUUCAUUGCUUUUUUUUUUUUUUACAACCUGUUAUAAAAGCAAUUUACUUAUGUUAUUUCAAAAACCUACCAAGACCAUGUGCACAAUUAUGAAAGUCUCACUAUCCCUUUUUUCCCAAUGCCUUAAAUUACUAUUUAACUGAAUUUUAACUGAACUUUGAUACCUUAUGAUAUGUCUUCAGAAUGAAGUGUGGACUGAUUCAUGAUAAGUUAAUAUUUAAAGUUCACAUUCACAGCUGACAAUCUGCAGAAAUCCCUCAAAUAUAUUGUAGCAGCAAAAAAAAUGUCCUUGGCUUCAUCAUUGCACAUGAAUCAAAGGUUUUUCAAAAAUGUUCUUUUGCCUAUUCCCACUGAUUAUUUUGAUUUUUAUUAAUUAGUUUAGUUUCUCUUUACUUUAUUAAAUCCUGAAUUUUUCCUGAUCAGCGACCUUACUGUUGUCUGCUUAAGCAUGUUAUACUUUCUAGUAAACCAUUGAUUAUCACAAUAA